AUGUUAGGCGAAGUUGUUACUGAGCGUAAGUUUGCCUACUGCUUUGUCGCUGACUACGAAGAGAACAGUAGACUAUGGAUUUCUACUGGAAUUAUAUUCACAUCCCGAUUGUGCACCUUUUUUCUCACGAUUGCUACCAUGACAGGGUUCUACUCGAACGCUAUCAUGCUGAUAGGUAGUGGAGUUACAGUAUCCAUUUUUAUGAUUCUUUUGGUAUGGAUGUAUCGUCUUAACAGUAAAACGUUGGUGGAUCUCAGAUGUGGAAUAUGCGAAGGCAAAGCACUCAACACAUUAAGUGUCAAAUUUCAACUCAUCGAGAGUGUCCGGGUGAUGAAGCUUAUGAUGCUUGCUUUUUGCGUUGUCGGUGUUCUAAUAUUUUUGGGUAUACUACUACUAACACUCACCUUCCAUGUGUAUAUCGCAGAUCCAAGCAAAGGCAAAGUCUGCUUUGCUCUAUUUGAUCUACUUAUUGCAGUAUCUGCUGCUGGCGGAUUUUUCGCAUUCACGCUCAUUAUCAGCGAUACUCGACGUAUAAUUCGUGAUUCUGCUAUUGUGCAGACGUUUUUCCCUUGGCUUGCUGAAUGCCUGCGAAGCUCGAAGAUAAGAGACGUCACAGAUAAUCACUUGAGAGCGUCUGAUUAUUAUUUCGAUCAGUUAAAGCUUGCUUGGGAAGAACAAGAACACUAG